AUGUCUGACUCAAAAUCAUUUCAAGAAUUUCUUGACAACGGACAAUAUUCCAAAAAUGGAGUUGAAAGGUACGAAUGGAUAUUUGGAGAAACCUUCCUUUCAAGUGGAGGUAUGGCCAUCACUCCGAAGGUCCUCAGACACGCUGAUCUAGGAAGCAACCCGAAGGUGCUGGACAUCGGCUCAGGGUUGGGAGGACACUCGUUCCUAAUCGCAGACAAUUUCGACGCGGAAGUCAUUGGCGUAGAUCUAUCGGUAAACAUGAUGGAUAUAGCCAACAAGCACCUCGAGAACAGGCCACACUUGAAAGACCGAGUCUCCUUCAGAAUAGAGGACUACACAAAAAGCGAUUUCCCAGCGGGCACCUUCGACAUGGUCUAUUCAAGAGAUUCUUUCAUCCACAUUGCUGAUAAAGUAAGCCUCUUUAAAAAUAUCUACAAAUGGCUGAAGCCCGGUGGUUACUUCUUAUUUACUGAUUACGUCAGGGGAGAAGAUGAGACAAAAUACAGUACAGAAUUCAGGGAAUACCUCAAAAAACGGGGGUACAACAUGUCAACUAUAACAGAGUAUAAGAAAAUUCUAAAAUCAGCUGGCUUUCGUGAUUUCGAAGUAAAAGACUGGGGAGUGGAGUGGAAGAAUAUACUUCAAGUUGAAGUGAACAGGCUUCAUUCCAGCAAGGAGGUGUUCCUGCGCAGGUUCUCGCGGCAGGACUUCGAUGAUUUGGAGAACGGGUGGCUGAACAAAAUCCGAAGAGUCGACGACGGACUCCAGGGCUGGGUGCUGACUGUUGCGAGGAAAUGA